GGCCGUCGCCCUCCUGGCCGCGGCCCUGCGCUGCGCGCUGCUGCCCUUCGUCGGCGGCCCCCUCGCCAGCGGCCGCGGCCGCCCCGCGCCGCGGCCCGAGGCAAGCCAGGUUGCGCGGCACGCCACGCUGACCGCCAGGGAGAAGCAGGCCGAGCGGUCGAGGGCGAAGGGCGAGAAGAAGAAGAAGAGAGCGGAUUCAGCGUGGCCCGUCACGGAGUUUCCUCCGGGAGUCAAGAUCCUACACCUCGAGUACGACGAGGAGAGCCCGACAGACCAGAGGGCCUACAACGUCCCCAAGACCACGGGGUACCCCGGCCACUACUGCAUGCGCACGUUUGAGGCCGCGGUCCGGUUCAAGUACCAAAGCCAAAGGAAAAAGGUGAAGCUCAUCCUCAACAGCCCGAACGCCUUGAAGGAGCUCUCGCCGACGAAGAAGUAUCGUAAGGGCUCUUUUGAGGUCACUGACGCCAAAACCGGGAAGACCCUCUACUCAAAGCUCGAGACAGGCGCCGACCUCGUCCGCGACGAGGGGUACUUCCGCCGCUGGCUCGACAAGCUGAUGGACGACGUGGAGCCGGCCCCGCCGCUGGAGAAGAAGCCCUUGCGCUUCCCCCCGAUGACGAAGAUGGAAGUCAGCGUGAACACGGCCGGAGCGCAGCCCGAGCCGGCCUGAACGCAGCCCGGCGCCGGCUAUGUCGCCGCGCGAGGGGCGCGUGCUGCAGGCCCGGCCCGGCGGGGCGGGGGCACACCGCAGCGGCCUGCGCGCGCGCGCGGCGCCGUGCGCCCUUCUUCGGCCGGGGGGCGCCGCUCCUGCCACACGCCUCGCGGGCCCGACUGAAUCCUGCGCUCCUUCUGCUCGCUGCUGGCCUCCUCCUUCGAUUCCAUCGUCGAUCUCGACGCGGGUCCUCGAGCUCGCCGGGCUCGACCCGACGCGGUCUCCGUCCUCCAGGGGGUCUGCUGCGGCCCGCACGCUCGCGCGGCGCUGCUAGGGCGUCCCCACGCAGCAGAGCUGAGCCGAGGGCUCGAUGCCGAACCGACGCCUUGGCAUCGCUCGGACGUGUGCAUUUUUCCUUCGGCGAAGACCAUCAAGGAGCAUCC